AUGGCGAGCGCGGAUCUGCUGCGGAGGGAGGAGGAGUUCUACUCCUCCUUGUUUGAUUCCGCCAAAGGCGAUGGCGCCAAGUCGCGCUCACAACUGAUCGAGAGGAAGAUUGAACUCCUCGAGGACAUGGCCACCAAGGUCAGUAACCGGAGAUCACGAAAGUGGAUGAAUGACCGUUUGCUGAUUGAACUUGUCCCGCGUCUUCAUGUUGAAGAAACCAAAGGCCUAUUUGCUCCUCCACCAUGGGGUGAGGAAGCACCCUUGUCAGCAUUCUGCAGGACAAGUGUUGGUGAAUGGGAUGCCUUCAGGAGCAUUGACAUGGAUGCUGAGGACCCAUUUCAGAGGCUGCUUCUGCAUGGUGUUUGUGAGUUCUACAACGUGACCUCGACGACCACGAGCAGUGUAAGAGAUGGGAGGCCUUGGAAGACAACUACCAUCAAGAAGAGGCAGGGCACGGGUGUUCCCUCCAGAAUCACAUUAGUUAACUUUCUGAGGAUGAAGAAGAAUGGGUCCCAUUGA